AUUACGUAUAAUAAACUCAAAUCCUUUUUGAUUUGGGAGACUAUAUUUAAAGAGUCUAACUCCAAUGAAUUUACAUCCACACCAAACUACCAAUACACAAAACACAUCUUCUUCUCUCGCUAAAAUUAAUCUUUAAAGAUGACUGCCGAAGUUCCUCCACCAAUAUCUACCGCCGCCCUACAUUUCUCACCAAACAAUCCAAUUACAAACCCUAAAAAACGUCCACCACCAGAAGACAAUAAUGAUGAUUAUACUUCUAAAUUCAUCCCCAAAAGACCCGCACAAGAUCCCAUGGAAGCGCUAGCGAGCGCUCGCCACGAAUUCGGCGAACAUGGAGGGGUAAACAUGUCAAUUGAAGCGUCCGCCACCUUUACGGUGAUGGAGCCCGAAACAAUGAGACGGCUUUUCUCCGGGGAGCUAGGUCCCGACAGAGAUUUUUUUAUUUACAGUCGUCACUUUAACCCUACUGUUCUCAACCUUGGCCGCCUGAUGGCGGCAAUGGAAGGAACAGAGGCAGCAUAUUGUACCGCAAGCGGUAUGUCCGCUAUUUCCUCUGUCCUCCUCCAACUGGUAGGAGCUGGAGGCCACGUUGUGGCUUCCAGAACUCUCUACGGUGGGACACACGCCCUUCUAACACACUUCCUCCCUCGAGCGUGUGGGAUAACCACGACAUUCGUGGAUAUCUGUGAGCACGACUCGAUCAGGGAGGCAAUUGAGGUAGGGAAGACAAAGGUUGUGUAUUUGGAGUCGAUGUCGAACCCGACACUUACGGUGGCGGAUAUACCGGAGGUGUGUAGAGUAGCACAUGAAAAAGGGGUGACGGUUGUGGUGGAUAAUACUUUUGCGCCAAUGGUUUUAUCGCCGGCGAGACUUGGAGCAGAUGUGGUGGUGCAUAGCAUAUCAAAGUUUAUUAGUGGUGGGGCAGAUAUUAUCGCAGGUGCAAUCUGUGCGUCAGCAGAACUAGUAAAUUCCAUGAUGGACUUACACCAAGGAUCACUAAUGCUACUAGGUCCAACAAUGAAUGCAAAGGUAGCCUUUGAACUUUCAGAAAGAAUUCCUCAUUUAGGGCUGAGAAUGAAAGAGCAUUGUGGGCGGGCCUUAGAGUUCGCUAAGAGAAUGAAAAAAAUGGGCCUAAAAGUCAUCUAUCCUGGGCUUAAAGAACAUCCCCAACACAAUCUUCUUAAGUCCAUUGGCAACCCACACUAUGGAUAUGGUGGUAUCCUUUGUGUGGACAUGGAGACUGAAGAACGGGCCAAUAAGCUUAUGUACCAGCUCCAAAACUGUACCCAAUUCGGGUUUAUGGCUGUUAGUUUGGGCUACUAUGAAACCCUAAUGUCAUGUUCUGGUAGUAGUACAAGUAGUGAGAUGAAUGAAGAAGAAAAGGCUUUAGCUGGGAUCUCACCGGGUCUGGUUAGGAUGUCCAUUGGGUAUAAUGGUACACUUGAACAGAAAUGGGCCCAAUUUGAGAAGGCACUGGCUAAAUUGGAAGAUGCUGAAUUUGAUGUUCUUAAAUAUUGAUUAUUGAACCUAAGGAAAAUGUUUUUCUUGCUUUGGUUUUUAUGGAAAUAUUCUCAUCAAUAUGAUGUAAAUUUGGUUUGUUAGUAAAUAAAUUGUGGUAAUAAAUAAAUAUUUUAUUUUUGCAUCUUCUUAUAUUUUUAUCUUAGGGUUACUUCUCCUUCCGAUACAAAUUGUCGUAUUUAUAUAUUGUAUAAAAAUUAACAAAUUAUGAGAUUAUUCAAAUUGUGUGGA